AUGUCUCCAGCAUUAGAUCAAUCAUCAGCAGACGGACAGGCUUCGUCUCCUCGCCAACCCACCAACAAUCUCGCAGCAACCAACGAUACGAGGCGCAAAGGACCACCCCGACGCACCAGGGCACAGCUUGAGCGGAAACGGAUCCAGGACCGUGAGUCACAGCGCAAUGUGCGUGAACGCACCAAGAAGUAUAUUGCCAGUCUGGAGGAGAAGCUCGCCCGGUUAGAGUCCGACACGUGCGUGGCAGACCUCGUGAGGGAAAACGAGGAACUGCAACUGCGGGUUCGGAUGCUCGAGGCCAAGGUACAGAGUAUCAUAGACGUCGCGACCAGUCAGGACAACAACAAUAGCAGCAGCAGCAGCAAUAAUAACAACAAGGACGCCAUAGGUGGCCCUGCGAGGAAGAAACGGCGGCUGCCUUCCAACAACCAGCCUCGCGAGAUACAGUCGGAAAAGGAGCAGACGGACGACGAUCCACCCCCAGAAUACUGCACGACAUCACGACCGAAUCCAAAUCAUGGCCUCCCCAGUCACGAGAAAGAUGUUACCCAGGAAACCCACCGUAUAGAUGAUACCCACCACCUAGCCAACAACGAGCUUCAUCACCUCGAUCAAUCUAGUCAAGGCUGUGAAGCCCUCAUAGACCCGCCCAGCGUGAACAGUGGAGACACGAUAGAGAUCAUGGUGGACGCCAACAAUGACUUUGCCAACGACAGCGACCAUCGAAGGGGGCUUCCUUUCUUCGGAAACCAACUUGUGCUGCACCAGGGACAGACCUAUGCAGGCCAGCUAGACCUGGGCACAGACGAACUCCCUGCACUCAACCAUAACAACUUCUAUCUCUCCCCGGACCCGCAGUUAUGGUUGGCCAACAACAUCGCCCCCGAGAUGACGGCAGAGAGACUGGUCCCGAUACCGCAGAACUGCCCGCCCAGCAAUAUCUGGGAUGGCAAACUGUUCAAAUGUAUCAGUGAGCACCAGGCCCGGCUCGACGACGACCCUGCGCUGCGCGCGGCCCAUGACCCGGACGUGCAGAUUUUGCUGGGAGGUCACUACAGCAGCAGUCUAGCUACGGCGGACUCGCUGACUCUGUUUCUAACACCGCCCAUCAGCCAGUGGAACUUCAAGUUGCCCGAGAAGCUGGCGAUAUUCUGGUUGAAUUAUGUCCAUUUGAAGUACCGAAUCUCCCCCAGCGAAGAGAACUACAAGGCCCUCCCUCCGUGGUUCCACCCCCGCCCGUCGCAAUGUCGAGUCACGCACCCGAUCUUCAUCGACACGCUUCCCUGGCCGCAACUGCGCGAGAAGCUCACGCUCGACCACCACGCGUACCCGUUCAACGUCUUCACCCCGUCCUUCUGCAGCUGUCUCAACGUCAACUGGCCGUACGACCCGGCCGCGACGUACGUACGGCAGGACGACGCGACGGGAGCCGUGCACCUGAGCCACGCGUUCAAGAUGCACCUGCACAAGCUGGAGAAUUGGUCCCUGAAGCCCGCGUUUGCCGAGUCGUUUCCGGAGCUGAGUAUGUCGGUUAUCAUCAAGUGA